CAGCCCGAAACCGAACCCGCCAGACGCCGCUAUUCGAGGCAGUGAACGAGCGAGUGAGUGGACAGGACGGUUUUCCUUGCCGUCGAAGCCGACAUACGUACGUGUACGUCUCUCUCUCUCACCAAAGAAGCCUCAAGCUCUUAGCCCUCUCCUCCCUCCACGCUUGAACCCGGGAGGAGCUUGGUGAACACUCUUCCCCCCCCCCCCCGCGCCAAACGGGCCGUAUCUCGGCGCUCGCUCCGCCGUCACCGCUUCGCGCAUAUCUUCAAAACCCCCCGCCAAUUGAGCCGCCUGACGCCGCUUGACGCGCUGUGGGAGUCGCAAUGUCACAGCCGGGAUCCGACGAGGAAGCGAAGAGAAAGCGGGACAAAGUGGGAGAGUUCCUCAAGAAGAACCUCACAAAGGGCGAGCUCGCCGUCAAACACGCCCUCGGCCUCGGCGCCACCCCCAAUGUCGUCCCCGUCACCCAGCCCGUCCUCAACGGCCCGCCCCGCGUCGUCGAGGUGGGCUGGCACCCCGUUGGCGGCCUCGCCGGCAAGUGGUUCGCCGAGGAGACGGGCCUGGGCAAGAUGAUCACCGAGAAGAUCAACAAGUAUCCCGAUCCCACCCAGCACUGGGCCGUGCUCGUCGGCGACUUUGCCCAUCAGCUGUGGAUGGACGAGGACUUUCACGUCAUCUACACCAAUGAGCGAUACAAGCGCGACGAGUGGCGCACCUUCACCGUCGGUGAGACGCGCUUCAACGAUGACGCGAUCCGACGUGCCGGCGAAUACGUGAUCCAGAGCAUCAGAUCGCGUCAGCCGGUGUACAACCUCAUCACCAACAACUGCCAGACCUACGUCCUCGAACUCCUCGACGCCGUCAAGGUCGACGGACAAAAGGAUUUCGGCACCACCCUCGCCGUCUAUGAGAGGCUCUUCAGCUCCGGCAAGGUCAUCGAUCUCUUUUCCGAGGAGCAGAAGCAGGAACAGCAGCAGCAGCAGCAGCAACAACUCCUGCUGGAAGCCCCUCCGCAGCAGUAUCCCCCUCUCCCACCGUCGCCCGCCUCGCCGCACACCUACUCUCCGCCUCCUCCCGGCCAACACCCCUACCCGCCACCUUCAUUCGGCCUUCCGCCGCCGCAGAACGGACCCAUGCCGCCGCAGUAUCAGUACGGCCUACCUCCCGCGCCCAUGCCGCCACCCCCUCCCCCUCGCCCGGCCGGUCCGCCAGCUGGUCCUCGCCCGGGCACCGUCUCGCACGCGCAGCAGGUCAUGAACGACAACACCACCCAGCUCGACACCCAGGAAGAGGCGAGCAAGACGCGCGGUCACAAGAAGGAGCCCAAGCGCGGAUUCUUCUCUCGCUUCUCGCGUAAGUGAGCGGUCUGGCCGGAGGGGUAUUUUUUCUUCCUCCCUCGUCAAUGAUGUUGACGUUUGUCGAUCGAAAGAGAGCCGCCGCGGCAUCCCCUGGACGAGCCCUCUUGCGGUUCCUGUCUUUCACAUACCCCUUUUUACGGCCUAAUUCACGAAGAGCCCGGGAGAUCCGGGAGAAAUGAUACACAUAGAAGCAUUGGAGGGAGGCGUUUAGAGGGGCUGGCGUUAGCUAGCCUGGAAAAGAGGCCGCCAUCGUACGUAGUUAGUUUGUUUAGUUAAUAUCAGAGGUUCGCUC